AUUUUCUUUUUGGCUUUUCUUCUUCUUCAUUUUUCAUUUUUCCAAUUUUGUUUCCCUCUUUAUUCUCUCAAUUUCUCCGUCCUCCAAUAUCAUUCUCCAAAGAUUAGCUAGCGAAGAAGGAUUUUUGAAAGAUUAGCUUUUACUUCCCUCUUUAACAACGACGCGCCGGAUAUUAACUACCCUCGGUCUGAUUUGAGCUGGUUUUUGCUCUCUCGCACUACACAUAUAGCUGAGUUUUGAGCUUCGGUUUAGCUUGCUAACUACAUCUACUUGGGGAUCACUUUGGCUGCUAGAGAUCAUUGUAUUUCAUAAACCACGGACACUUCCUAGGUUGUCUCAAUCAACAAAUUCAUCUUAACAGAAGUGCUGUAAGCCUUAUCUGAGUUUCUCACACGCACCACCCUAUGAUGGCUCAACCUCACGUCCUCCUUGUAACGUUCCCUGGCCAUGGUCAUAACCCUUCCCUCCAAUUCUCCAAGCACCUAAUACUCCCAGACCUUCGUUUCAUCUUUGCAAAUACCGUCUCCAAACCAAUGUCCCCUCUUGAGGGUUUAACAUACGUUGCUGCCUACUCCGACGGUUAUGACGGCGGGUUGGAACCCAAUGAUGAUGUUGACCGUUACAUAUUAGAAUUCAGGCGUAAGGGUCCCGAGAAUUUGAGCGAAUUCAUUGGUGCUAGCAUUGAGCAAGGCACAGGGUUCACUUGUAUUGUGUAUGGAAUCAUGGUGCCUUGGGGUGGUAUUGGUGGCGUGGGAAUUUCACAUCCCCUCAACGUUAUUUUGGAAUCACCCGCCAGCGUUUUUGGCACCUAUUAUCAUUACGUUAAAGAUUAUGGUCAUAUCAUAGGAAAAAGGUUAAAAGACCAUUCGUCUAUCGUCGAAUUGCCAGGAUUGCCACCUCUUGCUAGCCGUGACAUGCUCUCGUUUUUCCUUCCUUCAAAUGAGUACGAUUGUGCUUUACCAUCAUUGAAGCACCAUGUAGAGAUCCUUGAUGAAGAAACGAAGCCAAAAGUUCUGGUUAAUACCUUUGAUGCUUUGGAACCUGAGGCUUUAAAAGCGAUUGAUAAGUACAAUUUGGUUGGUAUUGGGCCCUUGAUGCCGUCUGCUUUCUUGGAUGGAAAUGAUCACUCCGAUUCUUCAUUCGGAGGUGAUCUUUUCAAGGGCACAAGCGACUAUAUCCAGUGGCUGGACUCAAUGCCAAAAAGUUCAGUUAUUUAUGUAUCGUUUGAAAGCAUUUUUAUGUUGACAAAACAACAAAUAGAGGAAAUUGCAAACGGGUUACUAGCCACUGGCUAUCCUUUUUUGUGGUUGAUAAGAAGGGCUGGAGAGAAAGAAGAGAAACUGAGUCGUAUCGAAGAAUUGAAAAAGCAAGGGAUGAUAGUGCCAUGGUGUUGGCAAGUUGAGGUUCUUUCUCAUCCAUCGGUAGGGUGUUUCUUAACUCACUGUAGAUGGAAUUCGGCCUUUGAAAGCUUGGUUUCUGGGGUGCCAAUGGUGACGUUUCUGCAGUUGACAGAUCAAGGUACUAAUGCGAAGCUUGUGGAAGAUUUGUGGAAGAUUGGGGUAAGGGUGACUAGGAAUCCUGAAGAAGGAAUUGUCGUCGAAGGGCACGAGAUUAAAAGGUGCUUGGAAUUGAUGAUGGAAGGUGGAGAGAAAGGGGAGGAAUUGAGAAAGAAUGGCAAGAAAUGGAAGUAUUUGGCAAGGGAAGCUGCCAAGGAAGAUGGGUCUUCAGUCAAGAACCUUGAGGCUUUCGUACAUGAGCUUCGAAAAAGCUACUGAGUUGACCUUUCCUGCUUAGUUAAUUUACUGGCUAAAGAAAUUUGAGGAAUCAAUUUAUUUUGGCGGGUUCGCUUUUGUCGUUUGAAAUGUAUUUGCAACUACCGGUCUGUGAAUGUGAUUACCACUUCGAAACUGUGAAUAAGCUAUACUUAAGAAUAUGUAAGAGGUGGUUGUAUGUCAUUAUCUUUUCACAAUUACACUGUAUACUUUAUUAAGUACUACAU